GAACCCUUUUACAGUAUAUAUACUUACAUACUACUAUAUAAGUUAGCAUAAGCUCCGAGUCCUGAGGCCACAAACUCUCUGUACCGAAUUAAGUUAUAGCCGCAAUGAAAGUCACUAUCAUAUGGCUGCUGCUGCUGCUAUUCCCUUGCUACUUCCCAGGUUUCCCCGCUUCAUGCAAGGGAAACCAGAUUGACAAUCUCAACAGGUUGAUCGAAUCUCGAAAAUCCUCCAACCCACCUCGGCCUGAAUCAUGGGCUCAACAAGAUGAUGAUACAGAAGAUAGUCAUACCCCUCCUGUGUAUGUAGCAUCCCAAAAAGGGUUGAUGCAAGCUGACAAGAUCAACGCACUGCCGGGUCAGCCUGAAGGAGUGGGUUUUGACCAGUACGCAGGCUAUGUAACAGUGGAUCCGGUGGCUGAUCGAGCAUUAUUUUAUUAUUUUGUGGAGUCACCGGUAGAUCCUUCCAAAAAGCCUCUCGUUCUAUGGUUAAAUGGAGGUCCAGGAUGCUCGUCUUUCGGGUAUGGAGCCAUGCAAGAACUGGGACCUUUCAGAGUAAACAGUGAUGGAGAAACGCUGUACAGGAACGAAUAUGCAUGGAACAAUGUUGCAAACGUGAUCUUUCUGGAGUCGCCGGCAGGAGUCGGGUUUUCUUAUUCAAAAAAUUCCUCUGACUACACCAGCGUAGGUGACAGGAAAACAGCACAGGACUCCUACAUUUUUCUCAUCAACUGGCUCGAAAGAUUCCCACAGUAUAAAACACGCGAUUUUUACAUAACCGGUGAGAGCUAUGCUGGCCAUUAUGUUCCUCAGCUUGCUUACUAUAUUCUCGAGAGAAACAAGAACACAACUCAAUCUGUCAUCAACCUCAAAGGAAUUGCUAUCGGAAAUGCUUGGGUAGAUGAUGUUGCUUGUACGAAGGGCUUGUUUGAUUACUUAUGGACGCACGCUCUCAACUCUGAUGAAACCAAUGAAGGAAUUAACAAGUACUGCAACUUUGCUAGUGAAGAUUCACUUACCAAAAAGGCAGAUGCAGACGACAAUCCGAUCCAAUGUGGAAAGUAUCAGAAGCAGGGACUUCUAGAGUUGGGAGACAUCAAUCUGUACGGAAUUUAUGCCCCUCCAUGCUAUACAUCAGCACUAAAAUCUGGAUCAACUGGCAAUGUCAAGAACUAUGAUCCAUGCGCUGAGUAUUACGUUAAUUCCUACCUAAAUCUUGCAAAGGUACAAGCAGCCCUUCAUACCAAAGCUACGAAUUGGUCAGGUUGCAGUGAUGUUGGAUGGACAGACAGCCCAACGACUAUUCUUCCUGAAAUACGGCACUUAGCCAGGAAGAUUAGGGUGUGGAAAUACAGUGGCGACACAGAUGGCCGAGUUCCAGUGACAUCUUCUAGGUACUCCAUCAACAACCUAAACCUUCAAGUAGAGACUGCCUGGCACCCAUGGUACUCUAAUAGUGAGGUUGGAGGAUAUGUUGUUGGCUACAAGGGAGUGAUUUUUGCCACAGUACGUGGAGCUGGUCACACAGUUCCAAGCUACCAACCAGAGCGAGCACUCACCAUGAUCACAUCAUUCCUUCAGGGGAAACUGCCUCCUGGCAAGCCUACCUCUUAACAAACCUACGGGGAAUACACUUCACAAUGAAGUUAGAAGGCAAGGAGAAGACGUAUCAUUGGAAUGGGCGCUAAAGAAAUUGAACCAGUUCUCUGCUGAUAGAAUUAUUCUAAAAGUUAAAAGAUAUCUAUGGACAAUGUAUUAUUAUGUUUCUAUUUUUAACAACUAUCUACGAAUAGACAUAAUCAUUUAAGUACAUCAUCCAUUUAGAAAUUAGGCCAAAGUAUAUAGAGCUUGUGCAAUGGCUGUGUGAAAACCUCUCAGUUGCUACCUGACAGUAUAUCUCCCUUCCUGUAUAA